UCACUUCCUCCUCUGCUCUGCAUGAUGGCGGUGUCCAGGGCAGAUUAGGCACAUUGACUGCGUCUGUAGGUGUGCAGUUUAUCGUCUCCUUAAACUACUCCGGGGACAUUUGUCAGUGGAUGACCUUAACCGAAAUCCUCGCCACUGAAUAUUUAAUGAAGUCAGUCGCACGUAAACUGCUUCCUGUGCUGAAAUAGCUCCGCAUUGCUAAGGUUGCUUGUAAAUUACGUGCCUCCUGGGUGCCACAGCUAGCUGUUAGCUAAGUGUUUACACAAGGUUACAGGACACUGAUCAUGGCGCUCCACAGACUAUCCUUCAGAUUACGGCAAACGGUAACACAUGUAAGGUCCCUUCAUACCAGUGGAUGUGGGCAGCAGCAGGAGGCUGUGGCUGUUGAGCCAGAACCUGAGCCCUUUUCAGUUUUCAGAACACAGGAGAAUGAUCCGGCACGUCACUCAGAGAAACAUAUCGGACAGUAUUACACCAUGCCUUCUGCACACAUCCGCACUGUGUUCCCCCAUGGCCUCCCGUGGCGCUAUCAACAACAGGUGAAGACAUUUAAUGAAGCCUGUGUGAUGGUGAGGCAGCCGGCUCUAGAGGUCAUCUCUUGCCUGAAGAAAACAGAUACCAGCAAACCUGCUGUGAGAUAUUUAUUCUAUGGUUUGAAGGGCAGUGGGAAGACAAUGUCUCUAUGUCACACGAUCCAAUUCUGCUAUAUGCAGGGAUGGCUGGUGCUGCACAUUCCUGAUGCUCACCUCUGGGUGAAGAACUGUAAGGAGCUGCUGCCCUCAUCCUAUAACACCUCUCGCUUUGAUCAGCCAUUACAAGCCACCGAAUGGUUACGCAACUUCAGAAUCACCAAUGAGCAUUUCCUUUCAAAGAUAAAGACAAAGCAGCGCUAUGUGUGGACAAAGAGAGAGUUUACCGAGGAGGGAAGUCCACUAGGAGAGCUGGUGGAUCAGGGUAUAUCUCGCGUGAAGAGCAGCAGCGAUGUGGUGGGGGCGGUGAUGAAGGAGCUGAGGCUGCAAAGCGGGCAGCCAGAGUCGGAUUUCCGCUUGGCCCUGGCUGUAGAUGGUGUAAACGCCCUGUGGGGAAGAUCCACCAUCAAGAAGGAGGAUAAGACUGCUGUGGAUCCAGAGGAGCUCACUUUGGUUUAUAACCUGAGGAAGCUGAUGAAGAACGACUGGACUGGAGGCGCCAUCAUCACCACUCUGUCUCAGACUGGGUCUCUCUACACUUCAAAAUCUGCCUACUUGCCUCAAGAGCUGCUGGGAGAGAGGGGGUUUGACUGCAUGGACCCAUUCGUCCCGGUGUCAGUGCCCAACUACAGCGAGAAAGAGUUUGAGAGCUGUUACCUCUACUAUAUGGACCGCCACUGGUUGCAGCAUCCACAGUGUCAAACAGAGGAAGGAAAGAAAGAACUCAUCUUUUUGAGCAACAGAAAUCCAUCAAUGUUGGACAGAAUUUGCGCCUUCCUGUGAAGUUACAGAAAGACUUAAAUGUCACUCAUACACACACAUAAAUAUCACACACAAAUAUCAUUGUCCCAGAAACAGAUAAAUAUACAAUCUAAUAUCCAUGUCAAUAUUAAAUGUGUCCCUCUGUAAAUUAUGAUGUUACUUUGAUAAUAAAAUGCUGGAGAAACAAA